GGCUGCUGUACGCCCGAAUUGCACCUCGGGUUUGACAAAGCAACCACUGGUCAACAUGAGCUAGACGGACGCCGUGCCCAGUUCCCUUCUGGAGCCAAUGAGGAGAGCCCUUGUGGCAAGUUUGCAGACCUGAAUGCUGAAAAUGUGCAAUUCAAUAGUGCAAAACUAGCAACCAAAACUGACGCAAUAACCAUUUCUCUUUGGAUUAAAUUGCUCUCCAAAAAUGGUAUCCAGCCAGUUUUGGUUGUAGCAGGAGAGGAUGGCGAACUUAGGCUGGAGAUUGCCCAAGGUCAUCUCUCUUGGAUGUACACUUCAAUAGGCACACCAUUGGCCACAUUUGCUCUCCUAAGUGUAGUUCCAGUCGUGCCAGCCGGUCUGUGGACGCAUCUGGUCGUGCAAUACGACGCCUUCACUGGGCGAUCUGCGGCUUUUCUCAAUAAAAAGGAAAUACUGCAAGGUGUCUCAGGCGGAGGUUCUCUGAAAAUAAACUGGGGAGAGUUCACGACCAUAGGCCAAUCUUACAUCAACGAGGUGUUACGACUCAAAACGAAAGGGAACAUAGAUGAGUUUUAUAUCUACUUCUGUGCCGUUCCAGAGAUGGUUAUCCAAAGACUCGCUGACUCGUGUCACGUGGACGGAAAAUGUGCAGCGAUUGGGCCAGGUAACAUUGUAGGCUUUGCUACUUUGUAGAGUAACUGUUUAUUUCUCAAUCUAUAGCCUUCAAACAUCCAGUCCUGUCGGAGUAAAGGGGUUGAGGGGAAGGGGUGUAGACGGGGUUACACAGUGUCAGUAAGUCUGCCCUGGAUGUCAUUGGGGUGCGGCACGCAUACAUUAUACUAGUUUCCUAACGUGAAGUCAAUCUUGGAUACCAAACGUACCUGAGUUUCUGCCUUUCUUCGUUCCUAUAUUCCUUCCUUUUCCCUUUAUCAAUUUAUCGUUAUGCUAAAUUAAUUCGUAAAAUUAUAUCCUUUUGCUUUUCCCUAUUUUCGCCUUGUUUUGAGCACCACAAAUUUGGAUGAAAAAUAUUUCCAUGUUACAGGAGUAAAAGAUCCAUGUGAUGCCCACGAUGCAUUUUACUGUAAGAAUGGAAAGUGCGUUGGGCAAGAAUGGCGCUGCGAUGGAGAAAACGACUGCGGGGACUGGAGCGAUGAAACAGAAUGUGGUUAGAGUUAUCUUUUUCUAACUGAUAUGGAAAAGUGCCCUUUCCGUGUUAAUGUGUAUAGCUACAAGUUAACAAAUACUUGCUCAUUUGGCAUAUAGAGAAGAUCCAGGCGUAGUUAAUCGAUAAACCGAUAAUCGGUAACAAUCGAUAUCAGUCUUCCGAUAUCGAUACAUAGAUAGCCAUAAAGAAAAAAGGCUUUGACUUCGAUUAUUAUCUUUUGCCCAACCAAGUGCGACCCCUUAUGCAAAAUAAUGGCAGCGAUCUGGAGGAUUUCAAUGGCCCUGUAUAUACCGCAUUGAAUUGGAUUCCAAUGUGAGCGAGAUUCGUGGAAAAACUGCAAGAUGCAAUCGAUGAAGCAAAAUGUAAUUGACAUGUAAAGAUCCAUGAAAACCAGAGGAACAGAAAAUCAAGACUACACCAACGGUUUUUUUCUCAAACUGAAGAAGGGACAUAAACCCGAAACGUUUGUAUUUUUUUAGAAAAACAUUUGACACUUUUUUUAUAUUUCUUUGCCUAAUAUCACCUCAUCAGCUACACCUGGAGUACUUGCUGAAGUCAAAAACAAAAUGUGUUAAGCUGAAGCUGGUCUCGUCGGUGUUGUGUGCCAAAUAGUAUCGUUAUGUUCAGAGUAUCUGAACCAUAUGCUCUUCAAUAUUAUUACUUGUUAUCGAUCACUAUCGAUUGCAUUGUUAUCAAUUUUUGUUAAUCGAUAAUAAGUGAUAGAUUAUUUUUUCUAUCGAUUUCCGAUAUCAAUCGAUGACAAUCGGCGGAUGAAAUCUAUUGAUAUCGAUCAUACCGAUUGAUUUCCGAUAUCGAUUUCUAUCGAUUAACUACGUCUGGAGAAGGUGUUUUAGACUUUUUGAGACCCUGUUUUUGGGUGACUAAAGUUUUUAGGAAAUGGAUGAUGAACUGGUUUAGCGCAUUGAUAUCAGCAAUGAGGCUUCUACACAGUUACAGUCUACAGGCAUGUUAUAUACACUUGUUGGGAAUUCUAUCUCUUAAUGUCAAUAUCUCCCUAUUAACUACCUUGACUCUGCCUUCCGACUGUCCAGGGCACUAAAUCGGUGUAUUUCACCUAUCUUGUUUUCCUACCAGAUGUUCUAUGCUCAGUUGGGAGUUGCUUGUUUAGUGUUUCCUCUGUACGGCGUGCGUGUCAGCUUUUUUCAGUGUGCUUUAAAGGGACAUGUUCACAGUUCGGCGCAUGUUCAUUAAUUAAAUUACUUUUUUUCCAAUUUAUUAUUAAUUCUAUCGGUUAAUAAUCCCACUCACAUGUAUCUCAGCGAUCUCAGAGUGUAUUUCAAAGAAGAAGUGUAUUUCAGAGUAAUCUGAAGUGGGAUGGAGGAGUACUAAAAUCGCAGAAAAACUAGUGGAUUAUGCCAACACUACCAACGUUGAAUUUAUCGUUGUCCCGAAGGUUUUAUUCCAUGGUGGAUAAAUUUACAACUUUUUGCACAUAAGUUGAUCACGUGACUGCAAGGGGAGUGUCCAGAUUGGUUCUUUGACAACAUUAUGACAUGCUCAUUUUGCUUUCAUAGACGAUACAGCAUGUCCCGGCAGAAAAAACAGCAUUUUCAUUACCGGGCAUGCGCUGAACCGUGAACCUGUCCCUUUAAUUCCUUUGAAAUGUUAGAUAAUGGAAUACCACUCUAGAUGCCUGGAACAAAGAUUGUUCUGUACUAUUUCUACCAUCCAUUAACAAAAGCAUUUAUUUCGUAGAUGGCUUCUGUAAUCCAGGAGAAAAAACAUCUUCCACUAAGGGGAGGUGUGUGCCAUGUUUUUGUAUGGGGCAUUCUCAGGAAUGCAGUAAUUCACAGAUGUACCGGAGCAGGGUGAGUAAUGAACAUUGUCACAUUUCCACACUUUGAAAAGCGUGUAAAAUCAAAUUUUAGUUAAAAAAAAGUGUGGAGAAGCUUGAAAAUACGAUCGGAAAGUAAAGUUUUGGAGUUUAUAAUGCAUUUUAGAAGAUUGGAACGGAGUGACUUAGAGCAUUUCCAGAUAGAAACUUUCCCACCUUUGUGAUAGUGGAAAAGAAAUCGAUAACCGCACACAAAUGAAUGCCAAUCAGUUAGACUGUUGCAGAUCUUAGCUUGGUCACGAUAUGCACGCCUAUUCCUGAAAGGUUAUGUUCAAUUGCUCAUGUUAGGGCCCGAACCCUGGUCGGUAAAUCGUUUCGACCCCUUUGAGACUGGACUUGUAAUGUGAUGUCCCUGUCCUGGACAUCUUAUUGUUUUAGUAUUAUGAGGUGUCAUAACAUGUGCUUUUCGCUCUUAAAGAAAAUUGUAGUUAGAAGUCUGUAAGAUGUGUUCACGAUGGAACUCUAACGUUAUUGUCAUUGCUGUCAGGAAAAGAAUUUGUUUUGGAGUCCAAGCAGAACAGAUUACAAAUAAAACUUCGUUUUCAAGCUUCUUAACUACGUUAAACCAUAUUGACAAUAAAUGGAAAUCCGUUUCGUUUUGAAUUCUUUCUUGAAACAAUUAGUAAGAGUACAAGAAGUCUGUGAACUUUACCACGGGAUUCAUGUUUAGUAUCAUUUUUCGCUUUCUCCACUGACCUUGCAGAGAGCUGGUAGAUGCUCAUUUUUUCUUCAAAGUUUGGGCGGUUGGGCGAGCGGCGAGUCGCUAAAUCGAGACGCGCAAAGUGACCGUCGCGCGUGUGGUCAUUUACUGUCGCGCUAAGAGCGCUUGCCAAAGGUCAGAAAUGAUCUGAGUAUGGCGAGUCGUUUUGAAAAUAAGACACUCUUUAUAAGAGUUUUUGUUAGAAAUCCAUCACUUCCGUGCAUAUUUUUUAGGAAACAUGGCGUGACAUAGCAGGGCGGUAAUUUUAACGACUAGACCGGUCUGGCCAGCGCGUUCUUGCUAAUGUGAGCCCUCUAAGAUAAAUGGUAGAUAUACUAGUAGUCUCCUUACCCUGCGGGUCUUAUUUCAGAUGAAUCUGGAAAUAAGGAAUUUCACCGAUGGACCAUUCAUCCGUCUAGUAGGUGUCGAUGGGGAGAAAGUGUCUGGCAUAACUUACACUGCAGAGAAAAUUAACAAUGAGGUAGUGGCUCAUAACAUUUCCAAGCAGAUGCAAUAUUACUGGGCUCUACCGAAAGCGUUUUUAGGGAACAAGGUAAAGAUCUCGUAGUCAUAGCUUCUACAUUGCUAAAGGGAAAGGUUCACGGUUCAGGGCAUGCUCAUUUACCAAAAUGCUGUUUUUCUGCCGGGACAUGCUGUACGGUCUAUGCAAGCAGUAUGAUCAUGUCAUAAUGUUGUCAAAGAACCAAUCUGCACAAUCUCCUGGCAGUUUCUUGCACAUCAUCAACUUAAAUAUUUGCAAAUAGCUGUAAAUUAAUCAAUCAUGGAAUAAAACCUUCGGGUCAACAAUAAAUUUAACGUAGUUAAUUAGUGUUGGCAUAAUCCACUAAUUUUCUCUGCUAUUUUGGUACUCCUCCAUUUUACUUCAGGUUACUCUGAAAUACAAUUCUACUCUGAAAUAUAUUCUGAGAUCGCUGAGAUACAUAUGAAUAAGAUUAUUAACCGAUAGAAUUAAUAAAAAAUUGGAAAAAGGUAAUUUGAUUAAUGAGCAUCCGCUUAACCGUGAACCUGUCCCUUUAAGGUCCUCUCAAUCAUAGCUGAACCAAAAAUGAGAAUAAGCUUCUUCCAUGGUCGAAUUGUCCGUUUAUAAGUUUGAGGAGAGUGUUUUUGUAGCUGCAGAGAACUGUUGUAUAGGAUUCAUUCAACUUGUAGGAUUGCAGUUUAAUUUCAUUAGCAUAAAAAAUGUUGAAUUAGUCUUUCUAUUUAAUUUCCCAAGUUUUUUGUUUUAUCUUUCAAUCCCAGAUAACAAGUUAUGGUGGAAAGCUUCGUUUCACUGUCAAGCACAGUCCAAAAUCUCUGCCUAAACAUGAACGAGUUGUGAGGGAAAUAAUUUCCUUCGAGAACUUUGAAGCAGACUUCCUUAUUGACAGGAAGGGGAGCGAAGACACAAUCGAUGGAUCUGGAAUAGAGGACGUCACCACUCCAAAAGCAUCCACAACAAGAUCUUAUACGACUUACCCUGUAACAGAUAUAGCGACUGAAGAAGAUGAAACAAUCACGUCUGUUACCUCUCAAGCCUACAACACUGAGAGUGCUACAACAGUAGCAUACACAUCAGGACCUGACACGACCUACCCUGUAACAGUUGUAACUACAGAAGAAGAUAAAACAACCACGUCUGUCCCCUCUUCCCAGCAUACAGCCUAGAACAGAUAUACCAACUGAGCAAGUACUGUCCCAGAGGCAUCCACAGCAGGACCAGAUACCACUUAUCCUAUAACAGAUAUGGGUACCGAGGAAGAUAAAACACCCACGUCUGUUUCUUUUUCAGCUUAUAGUACUGACAGUACCAUCCAGGAAGCAUCGAUAACACUACCAGAUACGACCUACCCUGUAACAGAUGUAGUGAGUGAGGAAGAUGAAACAACCGCGUCUGUUCCAUCUUCAGCAUACAGUACUGAGGGUACUACCACAGAGGCAUCCACAACAGGAUCAAAUACGACUUAUACCGCAACAGACGUUGCUACCGAGGAAGAUGCAACAAGUACAUCUGCUCCUUCUGCAGAAUACGGUACUGAAAGCACCACCCUAGACGUAUCCACAGCAGGACCUGAGACGACUUACCCUGUAACAGAUGUAACUCCUGAGGAAGAUGAAACAACCACGUCCGUUCCCUCUUCAGCAUACACUUCUGAGAGCACUGCCCCAGAAACAUCCACCAAAAGAUCUGAUACAACUUACCCUGUGACAGAUAUAGCUACUGAGCAAGGUGGAACAACCUCGUCUGUUCCGUCUUCAGCAUACAGUACUCAGGAUAAUGCUCCAGAGGCAUCCACUGCAGGACCAGAUACGACCUAUUCCUUGACAGAUAUAGCUACCGAGGAAGAUGAAACAACCACGUCUGUUCCAUCUUCAGCAUAUAGUACUGAGGGUAAUCCCCCAGAGACAGCCAUAACAGUAUCAAAUACGACUUAUCCUGUAACAGAUGUGGUGACUGAGGAAGAUGAAACAACCACGUCUGUUCCAUCUUCAGCAUACAGUACUGAGAGUACCAUCCCAGAAGCACCCACAACGGGACCAGAUACGACUGAUCCUGUGACAGAUAUGGUGACCGAGGAAGAUGAAACAACCCCGUCUGUUCCCUCUUCAGUAUAUAUCACCGAGAGCAUUACCCCAGACUUAUCUACAACAGCACCAGAUACUACUUUACCAGUUACAGAUAUAACUACCGAGGGAGAGGAUGGCACAACCACGUCUGCGCCUUCUCCUGCUUAUAAUACUUACCGUGCUUCUAAAGAGGUGCUUACCGAGAAAGAAGGUGAACCAACGACUCUCUUGCCCUCGUCUGCCUACAAUACUCACAUCACUACUUCAGAAGUAUCUUCAUCAAUAACCGACACGACUUUUCCUGUAAAAGAUGCAGCUACUGAGGGUAAAGAGAAGGCAGCCACUUCCGUGCUUUCUUUAGCUUACAGUAUUGACCAUGCUACUUCAGAAGUAUCCACAGCAAUGUCAGAUAUUACUGACCCUGCAACAGAUGCAACUACCCAGGGAGAGGAUGAAACAACCACGUCUGCACCUUUGUCAGCUUACACUUCUGAUAAUAGCACUAAGCAAGCGCACACAACAGUAUCAGACUCGACUUACCCUGUAACAGAUGCAACUAUCGAAGGAGAAGAUGAAACAACCACGUCUGCACCUUUGUCAGCUUACACUGCUGGCAGUUCUCCUAACGAAGCAUCGACAGCGGUACCAGAUAUGACAUACCCUGUAACAGAUGCAACUACCGAGGGAGACAAAGAAGUCACGACUGUUCCUUCUUCAGCUUAUAGUACCGACAGUACUACUACGGAGGUAUCCACGGCAGUACCAGAUACCACCACCUCCCUGCCUCGGUCGGUCUCCAGAACUGAAACAACAGCUACUGAAGCAUCCUCAACUGUAUUAGGUACGUCCACCACAGAGGCACAUAGAUACACGGAUGACCAGAAGGAAAGGUCGGCUGCCAUACCUUCCACAUUGUAUGGUACUGACGACCUCUCUACUCCUUCAGUAACCAAGCGAUCAGGUACGCCCGUUAUAGAUGCAUCCAGCGACGCUCCUUAUGAAACGACAUUUUCGCCAACCUCUAUCCAAACGACGGAGAGGCCUUCUACCGACGCUUCUGCCACUCCAGUCAGUAGAAUUACAGACGCCGUUCUAAUGGUGGUAUGUAUUUCAACUUCAAUUUUUUUUCAGUUAAGUUGAUACUUUUUGUUUUCUCCUCUGCCUCAGGCCAAAAGGCAAAUUUACCCCACCGGGUAAUUACCGGCGCAUUUUAGAAACGGGCCUCUGAUAAUCAAAGCUCUUUUCUCCCGCGUCUUAGCUGUGACUCCAUUCUCCAUUUUUUGCCUUCUUUUAUAAUAGUAACUUUGAUUACAUAGGGCAAGGACGCUACCUUGGUUUUCCAUCGCGAGUUACGGUCAAACAGUGACAACUCCCAAGUAACAAUGGAGGUCUCUAUUACUGAGGUAGCCUAAUCUAUGAUUCAUCUAAACAUGGUAAACCUACUGUAGGCUAUGUUCACACUUGGUAACUAAGCACUAGUUCCUGGCUGUCGGCACAAAAUGGUGUGGUCUUCACUGGGAGAACUUGAGUGCCCAAUAUUCAACUCAUAUUGUCAGACGCCAUUUUGAAGCGUGAAUGUGUCAUGGGUAUGCAAAGUAUUGGAUUGCCUCAGAAACAAGUGCACACAGGCUAACCAGGAAGAGUACCGUACUCGGGCACCGCGCUCCGGCAACAAGUGUGAUCACAGCCUUAAUGCUAAGAUUGGUUUUUCCUUCACUGUGAAGAGUGUAUUGUUGAUAUCGAUGUCUUAUUUACCGUGUAAGCUGCUAAGUUUGCUCUUAUUAACUGCCUAGCCUUAUCUAACUCAAUGGCAAUGACGAUAAUAUGUAAAUGACACUAGCAACUGGCAAGUCAAAUGUUGCUCUUUCAAGUUUUGCGUGACGUUUUUUAGAACAGCUUCUCAGGGCACGAAAAAAGGUUCCACCCAGUAGUCCCGGACUAGUAAUUUUUCUUGCUGGGCAAGUAACUUUUCAACCUUACUUGCCCAAUGGACAAGGGUCCACGCAAGUCAUCCUCUAACAAAAUCAUUAGUAAGCUUUUGCAACAGGACGGGAGAGGAAAGAAGACGGAAAACCUUGUGUGACAAUCGUGACAAUAAUUUUGUUUAAAAAACGUUUUCGCCGAGCUUCAGCCUCCUUUAAACAGGCCCUGUAAAAGACCAGAAAACAUCAACGUAAGGGAAGAUCACCACAAAACACAUAAGUAAUAGGCCUGUCGCGUUUGUCACACAUUAGCGUUUUGCCGUCCUCUUCUUUCUGCCGUCCUGUUGCAUAAACUCAUUAUUAACUGAGACCAGAAGUUGCCCUGGGCAAGCAAAUUGUUAGAGAUGUUUGCCCAAGGGACAAGCAAGAAUUCAAUUUUCUUAGACUUGAAAACCUACUGGGUCUUUCAGAAUUUCCUAUAUAUGUCUGCAGUUUAUUUUAACUUGUAUUCAUGAAUAAUCCAGCGAAUUCUUAUUCUUUAAAAAUGACUUUUUGCAGUUUUACGUUUGAUUGUGUGACCUUUCAGGUCAAAUGGCGUUUACCGAAUGGCGUGGAAACGUUCAGGCACACUUUCAUGAGAGUUUUGUCAGAUAUACAGGCCAUCUAUAUCAGAGCGUCAUAUGGUGGCGAUGCAUCGAAUCUGGAGUCUCUGAGGUGAUUAUACUUUGCUCCACCUGUCUUUGCGCUAGUAACUCUGUUUGAAAGUUUAAUUGACCUUUGGUUUUGUCCUCUUUAGCAUCAAAGACCUUUCCCUUGACGUGUCUAGCCAACACGAUGCAGGGUUUGGGAAAGCCCUGUUGGUAGAACAAUGUGAUUGCCCUGUUGGAUACAGUGGACUGUCGUGUGAGGUAAUAUAACAAUGAAGCAAAUGUUUGUCGAAAAUAUGUAGUAGUCGUAGUACCCUUAUGACAGCUUACAAAAGUGUUUUCUUGUGAUAUUAGCUGAAUUUUUCAUGUCUCUAUUAAAACACGUGAAAUGCAGUUUGAAGAGUUUGAAGAUUUUGGAAAACAAUCAAAAGUUCUAGCCGACCUUUCUUUUCCACUGGUCCGAUUUCUCACAUUAAUCUUUUCACACGAGGAGUUGUGUUAGAGGCAUUUUAUCUAGCUCUGGAUGAACACCAGAAACAUGUACGUUCAAGCUGCUUUAUUUUCACGAAGUCCUGAAAACGACAUGGUGGUAUCUGUAACAUUCGGAGUGUAAGGGAAGACUGACGAGUUCUUAACUCUGCUAUACAAGUCUGGAGUCUUCUCAAAACGAUAUUUUAAGGCUAAAUUAGAUAGAGUUACACUUUCCGACCUAACGGCAAAAAAAAAAAAAACACCUUUUCAAUCUAUCAAUGUCAGAUUUCGAGAGAGGAUUGAUGAAUUGCUUGGUUUUGGCUGACCUUCUGCCCCUCUUUGUUUCAGUCAAUGUAAUUCGUAACAUAAGCACUUUCUCCUCUCUAAACAGUCCUGCAAACCGGGUUAUUACAAAUCUCGUGUUGAUCCCGACACCGGUGUCAACUGUGUCAAGUGUGACUGUGAGGGUUAUUCAAAUGAAAGUUGUGAUCCCGAAAGUGGCAAGUGUAACAGCAAGGUAAGUGGUUACACUCCUGAUACGUAAACCAGUAGUUUCUGUUGAGCCUCUAGUGAAUACCAAGUGAGACGUGAUGGGAAGUAAGGAAAGCAAAGGUGUGAGACACACUUCUUUCCUCUUUCCAUUUUACCCUUUGAGCCGGUAGAGACAACUGAGAAUGAAUUAGGUCCCACUCUUAGCAAACGGUCGACUGGAAAAUCGGGAUUUGGAUUUUUGAAGUCCCAAUCCAGUUUUGCCAAACAAAUUCAAGAUUCAAGGCAUAUUCUGACAAACAGAAAUCCUGCGGUGUGGCUUUCAAUUAAUAUAUUUACUGAUUCACGAAAUUUGUUUUUAGAUUUUACGUUUGAUUGGGAUUUCCGUAAAAUCGGGAUUUCAAUUUUCCAAUCGAACGCCCCUUGUUCAUAAAACCAUAUUUCAAAUACAAACAUGUGACCAAAUUGGAGAUUUUGCAAACAGAAUAUCCAUCCCACGAUUUUUCAUACUUCGCAGCCCUUAAGUUUUUCUACGUGUUGAAAUGAAAUUCCUUACCAGCCUUUUCCGAACCAGGCAGAACACCACCACUGUUAAGCUGUUCUAUAGCUUUGUACGGCUACAACCUAACUUUGACAAACAGGAGAUCUUUAAGAUCUGCAUUUCCCUUGAGUUCCUCUACAGUUUCUAGCACUUACCGGUAUAUUGUCGUUUCAGCCAAUUCUGUGAGGCGUUAAAGUGAUAAACUUAACUUACCGUAAGCAAGACCUAACUUCUUUAAUGAGCUUACUCGUUGUUCGCACUUUUGUUUUGACAGUCUUGCAGACCAGGUUAUUAUAAAUCAAGGUUUGAUGCCGACAGUGGCAAGUGUGUUAAGUGUAACUGUCAUGAUCAUUCAGAUGAAUUCUGCGAUCCAGAAACUGGACAGUGCAAGGUCAGCGGUUCCACCCCUUAUGAGCAAUUCUCUUGUGUCUGUAUGAUUUUAUUAUUAUUUUUUUUGUUGAUGCUACUGAAGUUGAUCUCCAUAGAAGUUUUUUUUCUUAUUAUUUGUUACCAGAAUUGCCUACACAACACCACAGGUUUUCACUGUGAGAAGUGCCUGGAGGGUUUUUAUGGAAACGCUACAAUCGGAGGACCAACAAACUGUAAAGAAUGUCCAUGCCCCAUGACUUCACCCCCAAACAGGUCAGUAAAUACUCUACAGUGGAAUCAUAAAAAUUGCGAAGCCUCUGGGGAAAAUUAGAUCGGUUCGAAACUUCGAGCGGGCUAGAAUAAUUGAGCGGGCGGGUGGUGAAUUUUAGGAUGGUUGUUAAAAUUGGGACUUCGAAAUAUCGAAAUUCCACUAUACCAGUUUCCAUCAACUGUUAUUGAGAUUGGACAUCAUGCGUGUAGAGGAAAUGGGUUGUGAAGAACUCAAAUGUACAUAUAUGUAUGGGCUUCCAUAUGCGGGUUCAGGGGUUUGUUGUUUCUCUCCCUUUGCUCCAAGAGGUUUUUCUCUGGGUAUUCCGGUUUCCCAUCUUUUUUAAAAAAAAAUUCUCAAAUCCUGAUUCGUUACGGAACGCACAUAAUUAUGUAGAUGUUGUAGUUAAUUUUUUAUUUCAGUUAAUUUUUGUUUUUCCAUUGUUUUGGGGUAUGGUAAUGUAUGCUAAUGAAUUUAAAACAAAGGAAAAACAAAAAUUAACUGAAAUUAAUUAACGAACAAAUCAUCUGUUCUAUGCUCGCUCAUGUUCUAUGAAUGCCCGGAUCCAUUUAAUUCUUAGUUUGUUUGUUUGUUGUUGUUUGCUUGUUGUUUGUCGUUAUUGUUGGUAUUUUUUGUUUUUAUUUUCGUUUUCCAUUUAUAUGUACCGUUUAAAAACGAACAGGAGUGUAAUGCUGGGCUGAGAGGUUUUUGAACGGUUUUAAAAAUCCCAGAUAUUGAUCAACUUCCAUUUUUAAGAUUUGAGAUGUUUAAAAGUCAAACCAGGUGUAUUAUCCUCAAGAAUACAAUGACUUACAAAAGUUGAACGGUUUUAAAAUUGCUCUGAUUUAAAUCAACUCAUUCUUGCACUAGUAUUAAGAUUUGAAUUUGUUUUGGUCUUCAAAGAUUUUCAAAAAAUCGGACGUAAAGUUUAGCUAUGUCUUUAUCAGAUGUUAAACGACACUCAUCAAACAAUUAAAUUCUCUCUUUUUUGUAAAAAAUCUUAAUGAAAUUGUUAAAAUUCUCUCUUUUUUUUUUGUCAGUUUUUGAAGUUCCAUUUAGAGAUGCCUACCUUCCUUCACCAGCCUCAACAUCACUCCUUUGCCAUCAUCAUCGUCGAAAGUGAUUGUCUAGGUACCAGCCCUCACAAUCAUUUUGCGUGACCGUUGACGUCAACAUCAGCAUUAGUAUCAUCAUCACUCCUUUAUUCAUUUUUAACCUUUCUACAUGAAGUGGAUUCCCGAGUUUUUCUUCAAAAACCGAGGGUUCCGAAAUUGUGACUGUAAGUUGUAACAGCCAGUUUUUAUUUAUUUCAAGCCAAUCUAUGGGUUUAAUAUUUUGUCAGGUUUAGUCCCACUUGUUUUAUGGCAGAUGAUGGCCAGCCGACAUGUGACGCAUGCGCUCCGGGUUAUGGCGGUAGAAGAUGUAACAGGCAAGUUCCUAUGCAGUCAAUAGUUACCGUUCAAUUGUCGUCAUUUUCAAUUAAAGAUCCCUUCAAGUCAACGAUUUAUUUUUACUUUUUAAACUGAUCGUUCCACUUAUUUCUCUCAGGUGUGUCAAGCCUUACUUUGGCAAUCCUACUGAGCCGGGAGGGACGUGCAAGCGUGGUAAUUGUUUAAUUAUGGAGAUUUAGAGUCCGUUCUGCUAAACGGCGCGGCAAACGUGAAUUUGUACCACGUGUUUAAGUUUACUCCUACACAAAAAGUAGUAGUCUCACGCCAGUUCCAUCCAAUAGAAUAAUUUCUGGUUGUUUUUAUCUGCUAAUUUUCUGUUAUGGGGAAUUCUCAACUUGAAUCCUACGUUUGUCGUUUGCCGUGACUAAAGUGACUCUUUAAGUGUCUCAAUACAGUUUUUCGGAGACCAUAUACCGAUAUUUUUCAAUGGGCUUGAAAUUGAUUUUAUCCUUGUCCAAUCACUAUGAAAUUUUCACUACUGACUGACUUUGGAUUGAAGUUUGUUAAAAUACGGUUUUAAGUAAAAUCUAUAUCACGAUGAAAACAAUUUUCAAAAAUCUUUGAAAUCGAUAGAAACCGAAUUUUGCGCCAUCAAAAACUUCUACUGAAAACCCAACACCAGAAGUUAAAUGCGUGGACAAUUGGAAUAUAUCGCAAAAUAAUGUCUUUUACUAUCUAUAAAAAGUAAAACUUAAUACAAACGUCCAUACAGCUGCUUCCACUAUCUAUUUUUUUUUCAUGUUUUGUUUCUUUGUAGAAGUUGAUUGCAAAUGCGAUGCUCGUGGCAGUGUUAACAGCACAUGUGAUCCUGAGACGAUGCAGUGUUUUUGUAAGGUACGCAGC